AUGAUCCGGGCUUCGAGGUACCUACCUGGUGAGCCCGAGGUCUUGUACCCGUCUGCAACCGUGCUGCUCACCCCGCACAGCACCAAACUCAUGCGUCUGCCACCGUUCUCUAACUUCAUCCGCACUCUGUACACCUUCUCCGGCUUCACAGGAGCUCGAGCUUCAGCGCAACAGGCACUUCGUCGGCAGCCCACAACCUUCAGGUCUAUGCCCACCAUUCCGUUCCUCGGGAGUCUCUUCAGCUCUUCCAGCUCCAGCAGCAUGUCGUACCCGGAUCAACGAACCAACGAUGAGUGGCGCGCCGUGCUGAACAAAGAGCAGUUCAGAAUUCUGAGGGAGAAGGGCACCGAGCCUCCGGGCUCCGGAAAGUAUGACAAAUUCCACUCGGACUCGGGAGUUUACACCUGCGCCGGUUGUGAUGCGCCGCUGUACAAGGCCAACCACAAGUUCAAGUCGGGCUGCGGCUGGCCUGCGUACUUUGACAGCAUCCCUGGCGCUGUAACCCGCCACGAGGACAACACCUUUGGCAUGGCGCGGACAGAGAUUGUCUGUUCCAACUGCGGCGGCCACCUCGGCCAUGUUUUCAAGGGCGAGGGCUACCCUACGCCAACAGACGAGCGACACUGCGUCAACAGCGUCAGCUUGAACUUCUCCCCUGAGGAGGGUGAUAAGGCCGCAAAGGACAGCAAGGCCUAG